AUCAAGUGUAUAAAUAGAUCGACCAAAUUGAAGCUAGCCUAAGGCCUUAUUCAUUUAUCUUCAAAGCUAAGCUAAGCCAACUCUCCUAGCUUUCCUUAAACACCCCAUUGAUCGAACAGAUAAUGGUGAAGCAAAAGGCAGUGAUUAGUGUCACUAUGAGAGAUGAGAAAGCUCGAAUCAAAGCACACAUGAUUGCCGUUCGCCAAUCAGGAGUUGUUUCGGCUUCGGUGGAACAAGAGAAGGGGCUGAUAGAGGUGGUCGGCGAGUUCGAUGCGGUGGUACUGACGAUCGAGUUACGGAAGAAACUUGGCCAUGCUGAUAUAUUGACGGUGGCGGACGUGGUUGAGAAAAAGGAAGAAAAGAAGGAAGAAAAGAAGGAAGAAAAGAAAAAAGAAAAGAAAAAGGAUGAUGGCCAGCCAAAACCCCAAAGUAUGAUGGUCAUUUAUGAUCCUUCUGGUUUUCGGCCACCACCUCCCUACUACUACACUUAUCCAGUUGAUGGUUAUCAAUAUGCAGCAGGAUAAUAUUGUAAUUAUUCCUGCACUGGUCUUGAAGCUUUUAAUUUUUUUAAUUUAAUAUUAAUGUCAAGAUCGAGCCAAUUCAAAGACAAUUGAAGGCUUGGAUAGGUGGCUAUUAUUUAGCUUCUUGGAAUAUAUUUUUAUGGAGUUCAACUAUGCCCAAUUUCAACGGGAUAUAAUUUGGAAUUUUACAUUUUAUAUUUAUUCAUUUAUAAUAAGUUGGACAGUUGGUCACUGAUGAAUGCUGAAUAAUAAAAAGAUAGAGGUAUAUGUAGUCAUUUACCUUUUUU